AUGCCUGGUCCGCCCAUGCCUGGUCCGCCCGUGCCUCCUCCGACCAUGGCUCCCCCGCCCGUGCCUGGUCCGCCCAUGCCUGGUCCGGCCAUGCUCGCUCCGCCCAUGCCUCCUCCGCCCAUUCCUCCUCCGCCCGUGCCUCCUCCCGUGCCUCUUCCCCCCGUGCCUCCUCCGUUGAUGUCUCCUCUGCCUGUCAUGCUGGCGUUCCGCAAUAUGACUGGAGGGCAUGGGGCAGAGGACAUCGUGAAGGUGGUGGAGAAGACGGUGGAGAAAUGGAGGCUGCAGGUUGGGUCUCGUAUGUUCUCCCCCUCAAGUGCCCCCCACCCGGUUCUUCUCCUCUUUAUCACCAUCAGGUUCUUCCCCUCAGGUACUCACAUCGGGUUCUUCCCAUCAGGUUCUCCCCCUCAGGUGCUCACCAUCGGAUUCACCUCAUCAGGUUCUCUCCCUCGGGUUAUCCUCCUCAGGUACUCCCUCUCAGGUACUCCCCAUCUGGUUCUCCCUAUCAAGAUUUCACCCUCUAUUUCUUUCUCAGGUUAA